GGCGGCUUCAUUCACGUCACUGCGCUUACGUGUAGUCAUGACGCCACAAUCACGCGUGAGGAGACUUGUGGCGUCGGGAUUUUCUGUAAGAGAGGAGGAAAGAAGCUAGCGAACAGUUUUAGGGGACAUUGCCUAAAAAUGCCUAAAAAGAAGACUGGUGCACGCAAGAAGGCAGAAAAUCGAAAGGAAAGAGAAAAGCAAUUGAGAGCAGCUCGGGGUAAUGUGGACCUGGCUAAACAUCCUUGUAAUGCAUCCAUGGAAUGUGACAAAUGUCAGCGGCGGCAGAAGAACAGAGCCUUUUGCUAUUUUUGCAGUUCUGUGCAAAAGCUUCCAAUGUGUGCUCAUUGCGGAAAAACAAAAUGUAUGAUGAAGUCUUCUGACUGUGUAAUUAAACACCCUGGAGUGUACAGCACGGGUAUGGCAAUGGUGGGUGCCAUCUGUGAUUUCUGUGAAGCUUGGGUGUGCCAUGGAAAGAAAUGUCUGAGCAGUCACGCCUGCAUCUGUCCCCUUACUUCUGCAGAUUGUAUUGAGUGUGAACGUGCGGUGUGGGACCAUGGUGGCCGAAUUUUCAGCUGCUCUUUUUGUUAUAACUUCCUUUGUGAAGAUGACCAGUUUGAGCACCAAGCCAGUUGCCAAGUCCUGGAGGCAGAAACUUUUAAAUGUGCUUCUUGCAAUCGCCUAGGACAGCAUUCAUGCCUUCGUUGCAAGGCAUGCUUUUGUGAUGAUCAUGCGCGAAGCAAAGUUUUUAAGACUGAAAAAGGAAAAGAGCCGCCCUGCCCUAAAUGUGGCCAUGAGACUCAGCAGACCAAGAAUCUUAGCAUGUCAACACGUUCCCUCAAGUUUGGCAGGCAGACUGGCACUGAGGAAGAUGAUGGGGCAUCCGGCUAUGAGAACUACUGGAAAAAUCUUGCAUCUGGUGGAAACAAUGAUGAUUACGAUGAAGAAGAGGAUGAUGAAGAAGUAGAAGAGGAAGAGUGUGAAGAUGAUGUUGAAAAAGACUCCGAUACUGAAGUUUCAGAGCCAUUCAGCCAUUUGCAUUUAGGCAGAACAUAUGCCAGUGGCUAUGCCCAUUACGAGGAGUCUGAAGACUGAUACUCUAUAUGAAUAUUUGUUAAAAAAUAAAGCAUUGCUAAUUUAAAGCUAACUGAUACUUUAUUAAAAUGCUUUUAUUUAGUCAUGACUAAUCCCUAAGCACUGGGGGUACUGCACCUUAUUUGCCUCUAAUGCUUUGGUUAACCGUACAACUGUCGUUUAUUUGAAGGACAGAAGAUUAAACCCAACAAUAUCAUUUGGGGGAAACUGAGCAUGUUCAUAUGCAUUCGGCAUUAAAUUGGUGGUUUAUGAUUUUCUGAUGUUAACACCAAAUUCAAAUCUUUUUAAAAGCCAAAUAUGUUCACCACCCUGCCCCAACUUUUUUUUUUUUUGUCAAAAACAUGGAUUAAAGCAAUUUCACCAGU